CCCAAAAAUUUAAAAGAAAUUGCGAAACAUGGUCAAAAUCAUAAAAUACUUGAUGGAUUAGUCUAAUUUUGGUCAAAUUUUCAGUUUUUGGCUAAAAACUGAUGCAAAAGUAAUUAUUUUAAAACUCCUUUGGCAUGUUCUGGAUAGAUGAACAAUUCUACACAUGCCUGAGUGUUUUUCAAGGUUCCAAACGUCACUUGAACGCCAGCUGAUAGCUCGAAACUGAAAGAAGUAAAAAAUACCUGUUUUCAAAAAUCAUUGAUUUUUCAUCCUCGUUGACGUUUUUAAGUAUAAUUAAGGAAAUAUUUGGGAUCAGCGUCGAAUUCUGAGUCUAUUGAUGUGUCUCUCAUUCAUUUUUGAAGGAAAUUCUAUUUUCAGUGUUCCUGCGGUCCCCCUCAGCUCUCAAAAUGUUCGAAAAAAUUGAAAGUGGCUUUAGGAAAAACUGAAUCGGCCAUUUUGUUCAGUUUUCGACGCUGAUUACAGUCAUGCAGUUUUUCCUCGAAAAUUCUUUACGAUGAAAAAUCCACGUAUCCAGACUUAUCCUAUUAAUUACUAUUAACGAAGUCUAUUAGUUCGUACUUUGCUCUUGAGAUGUGUGGCGGGCAAAACUGGCAGUCGGCUUCGAAGGGAACAGGGAAUAUUUUCGAAGGGGAUAUUUUUUACUGAAAUAUUAAAAAUAAUUUGUUGACCCUGCGUAAAUGUUAUUCAUUUCUCUUUUUCUGAUUAUUUUAGAACGUUCAAUAUCUGUCGAAGCAGUGGAUGGAAUAACGAAAAAACGUCAAAGACUAAUGGAUAAAACUAAUGCCUUGAUCAAUCCAGUUAUGAAUGGUCUAAAUUCACUACCAGAACAAGAAGCAGAAGAUUUACACAGUGGGGAUCAAGAAGAAGGGCGAAUAUCAGAUGAAAACGUACACGACCAAGAAGAUGAAGAAAAUCUACAAGACGAAGACUCAACCAUCUUACUAAAUAAGACAACGACAGCAGCGUCGAUCGAUCAGCAACGUCGAUCGAAACGUCAGUCGUCUGAAAGUGGCGGAUCAAGUAGUGCCAAUUUAGAAUCAUCUGAUAACGAUCAACAGCAAUCUAAAUCUCUAGCAGCACGUCCAUCAUCAGCUUUUCAUCGAAAUCGUUUAAGUCGUUCACCAAAAACUAAUAAAACAAAUGCAAGGCAACAUAAUCAAGUAGAUAAAUAUGAUAAAUCAACAAAAGCGAUAUUAAAUCAAUUAAAACGCGUUCGAAAAACUGUUAAUUUACUGGUAUGCUUUAAUCUAAUCCACUUUUUCGUAGAAUUUUUCUAUACAUUGUAAGACAACUUACAAGAGGCAGAGAAGCAGUGAUGCUUUCAAAUAGAUUAGUCAAAAAUUUACUAGAUAAUUAUGUUUAACAGACUGAAGAGCGGAAAAGGCGACUAUGACUUUCAUUGUAAUUUUUGACCCCAGAACGGGAUAUAUGCAAGUUGUAGAGGAAGACUUCCUCUAUCUAGUGGUGUACAUAUUAUCAAAUUCUGUUGCGUACCGUGAGAGAAAAUUAAAGGUAACCCCUCUUUUUUUAGACUUUUUUAGAAAUAUUUUUUCUUUUUGAGUUAAAUAUUGUGCAUUAUAGAGUAAAGUGUCCUCUACAAAACAAGAUCACUUCCAGCUCUCCAAGGCCUUUCGUUGGAGAGAUACGAAUUUUUUAAAGUUUGUUACUUUAGUUUGAAAAAACCCUAGUUUUUUACUUUCGAAACUUUUUUCUCUUUCGUUCAGUACUUGAUAAACUUUUGAAACAGUCACUCUGGUAGAGUAAAGACUUCUUCAUAAA